AGUACGCGACCGGCAUCUGUGUUUGGUGUUAUAGAGACUUGGUUGUGUCAUUGAAAAAAUGCCUGAAGCUCAUCCAGCCUUCGUCAAUGCGGGGAAGAAACAAGGUUUAGAAGUUUGGAGGGUUGAAGUAAGUAAUAUUUUGUAUCUAGAAUCUAGAUUAAUAUUCUAAAUUCUAGAUUUUCAUUUAUUACGUAAGCGUGACAAACGAGCAUACAGAGUCCAUCUGGAUGUUACAGCCCAUAGACAUCUACAUCUAUCCUCGAUUAGGAAUCAAAAUGCAGAUGCGUUGUCACCUCUGAGGACUAAGAUGGAACGCCUCAUUUCUAGUAAAAGGGUCUCCGGUUCUCUACACUUACCAUAAUAAGCACUGCAGCAUUACGAAGGUGACACUGAAAGUUUUUAGAAAAUUAAAAACUGAACAAACUAGGAAGUUAUUAGUUUUAUAAUAUCUUCUCAAAAUUGUGUCCAUUUACAUCAAUACAUCGCUGCAUCCGAUGGAACCACUGAGAAUAGCACUUUGCCCACUCGUCCUCAGAGGUCUCUUCGACGGCAUUUUGAAACGCAGCCAUUACUUCCUCGGCGUCCAUAAAAUGUUUUGCUCGAAGUUUUUCUUUUAUUUUCGGAAAUAAAAAAAAAUCGCAAGGUGCGAGGUCGGGGCUAUAGGGCGGGCGAUGGUAAGUGGAUGAUGUGGGCCAUAAACAUUUUUAACUAUCCUCGACUAAGAAUCCCUGAGGACUAAGAUGAAAUGCCUCGUUUCCAGUAAAAAGUGUCUCCGGUUCUCUUCACUCACUAUACGAAACAUAGCAGUAUUGUGCUGCUAUUUUACGCUAGUAUUCUGAUUCCGGUCGAGCCCACCCAUUUGUGUUAACACUAUAAUGUAGCUGCAGCAUGGCUCUCUCACAUUAUACACGCAUAAUAUCGAUUAUAUACGAGUAAAUAAUUUACGUAAUACACACAUAAUAUGCAUAUAUGUAGUAUAUAAAUGGAUUCAUGGUUUAUAAUGACCCAUGGGAAUGAGGUAAUCGCUUCCAAACUGUUUCCAUAAUAAUUUUAUAACUGUACAAAUAAUUUUACCCACACCCUCUAACUAAUAAGUGGACGCUGACACUUUUCAUCUAACUUCUAUUAAAAAUCAAAAUAUAUGUGCGUUGUCAUCUUUGAAGACUAAGGCCUUGUCCGCACUGCGAUAUUUCACCGCGCGACUUUUAUUCUGGUGUACAGUUGACCCGCGGUAACCCGACAAUCGUUUUGCAAGGCGGUGUCGGAUUACCAAAUUUGUCGGACUAUAGAGUACUGCUACAGACCCCUGAUAAUCCGGAACUUUUUGAAAAAGAGUACCUUGUAAACCGAAAAAUUAUAUCAAAUAUAAGAUAAUAAAAGUUAAAAAAAAUCAUGUGAUGCACAAUGAAUACCUAAACAGUAAAAAAUGAACGCCCGCUAGGCCGCUACCAUAGUCACAUUCAAACUAAGACCAGACGCAUCCAGCAUAAAUUCUUGGAGGCGCAAACUGGUUACAACCUGUUUGUCCACGUAUUCGGGAAGAACACCUCCCCCGUGAUGGAUUCGUAACGCGAUUCGACUGUACCCCAUUGUAGGCAUGUCGGAUUACAGGGGGUCUACUGUAUUAUAUUCCGUGGUAGGAAUUACACCUUCCCGUUCCAAUUCCCCGUUGAAACGCACGUCUAAAAAUGAACAAGAGAUUUUUUUUUAAUUUACCUGAUACUACGGCGGUGGCGUGAUAGACGUAUCAAAAGAUGUCAUGAACAUUGGAUUCGCUAAUUUACGGCCUUGAGACCUAUGAAAGUAUUUUCUACAUAAAACAUCAAAGGCUGCGAAAAUAUAGUAAAAAGUUUUUCGGAUAUUACAGAAUGACUAUAAAAUCAUUCGAUAAUUUACUACGACUUGUUGAUUGGGCGAUUACCUAUCAAGAUACGAAAUGGACAAAAAUAAUUUUAGCUGGAGAGAGACGUGAAACGCGCGAAUUUUAUUCCGUAGUGCGGACAUCGCACCGCUUCGCGUUCAAUUUGCAAUCAAAUCACAGAUUAUUUUCCCGCGCGAUUUUUUACCGCCAGUGCGGCUACUCCUAUAAGAUUCUGUGUGUACAGAAUUGCAAGAAAAAAAUCGCGCGGACAGGGUCUAAAAAUGGUUUCCGGUUCUCUACACUCACCCAACAGCAUUCAUCUGCUAUUUACGCUGUUGAAUGCUUGGUGGAGGUCUAUUCUCAGCAGUGGAACUUUGAUAGACUAAUGAAUGAAUGUAUUCUAUUUUAGUACAACAUGAACGAUAUCGUGUUAGAUUCGAGUCCGUCAGUUUAUUUCUGGAUGUUUUGUAAUUGUUACCGUUUUUCCGACACUGUAAUCUGCCUUACCUUUGAUCAUAUCUUAAAAUCUGGCACGAAUUCGUUGUUUUCCGCUGGACAGUUUUAGUUGUUUAGAUUGCGAAGAUAUUUUUUUUUUACGAUUUAUACUAAGAAUUGUACCAUCUAGUACUUCAGGCCAGGGCCGGAUAGUGGCGUAGGCUGUUGCCGGAUUUUUGAAGCCGCUAGCUUCAAUAAAACGACAAGAUGGCAAAAUGUGUCAAUGACUGUAUUUCUGUGCACUUAAAGUUAAAACUAAUUAUAUACGUCCCACUGCUGCGCACAGGCCUCCUCUCAUUUCUAAGAUGGUUAUGGCGACAUGGAGCAAUUAAUCUGCUGUAGUCUAUUACUAGAACUCUAUCUCUUUCUACUAAUAUAGUCACUGUGAGUCAUAGAUCAUUAUGUAUUUUUUGUGAGUUCAUAUUAAUUUAAUUAAAUCUGUAGUUAAAUCGAU